AUGGAGCAAAGUGAACGCGACCUGUUGGAGGAAGCCAACAAUGUCACCUCCUUAGGCGAAUAUUUCGCGUGGGUGCAACGAUGUGACAAGUAUAUUGAACAAUCGGAAGGACAAAGUCGUGCUAAGCGUCCGCGGCUAUCUAUCGGCAAUAGACAAUCGUUAGUGGCUCGAAUCGCGCGGCUUGAGGGAGUGAAGAAGCGUUUGGAAAGGCGCUUUAUACAUUUUGGUGGUGAUUACGCCGAACAGCCUUCCAGCGUGAAACUCUCUUGGAGAGAGAUUGAGACUGCGUUUGAAAACCGUGUACUAACCGGCGCGGUGAUUAAUGAAGACUACAUCGACCCGCGACAAUUCCUGGAAGCUGCCUGUGAUGUAGUGCUAGAGCAUGUGCGGAACGCUAUUGACAGAUACAACAGUGUAAAAGUGAACACCGUGUUCAACGGAGAGUUCGUGGCGGGUGAGAAGACCACCAAUAAGAGUAUAAACACGAAAAAUCAUGGCCUCUUCUCUACGUCUGAUCUGCAAGAAUGGUACGAGCAAUACGUGAUCGAGCUCACCCUGGCGUCUCUCGAGGAGUUCCAGGAGCGCGAUAGCGGGUGGGCAUUGUCGCGUAUAUUGAACUUGGUUAUCAACAUCAACAAGCACAAUCCCUUGCACGCGGGGUGUUACAUCACAUUACCGGAGGAAAUCAAGACGAAGAAGGCUGUGGUGAACGUGCAAUCGAUGGACAAUGCAUGUUUCGCGUGGUCGGUGGUCGCCGCUCUGUAUCCGGCGGAAAGACACACGGAACGCGAAUCUUCAUACCCGCACUACACGACGGUGCUGAAUCUCCAGGGCAUAGAGUUUCCAAUGUCAAUGAAAAACAUUGCGAAGUUUGAACGUCUGAACGAUAUUUCCAUAAACGUGUUCGGUACCGAGGAACAGAAUAAGAAGAUAAAUGUGUUGCCACUACGACUCACCGAUGAGAAGAAGGCUAAGCACGCGAAUCUGCUGUACGUGCAAGAUGUGCAGAACAACAACGUGGGACAUUUCACAUGGAUCAAGAAUCUAUCCCGCUUGGUGAGCUCCCAGAUAAAUAAGCAGAACGGGCAAAAAUACAUUUGUGAUCGAUGCCUGCACUACUUCUACACUAAGGAGAAGUUAGAGGCCCACACCGUGGAUUGCCAACAGCUGAACGACUGCGCAAUCGUUCUACCAAACGAAGAGGACAAGUGGUUGAGUUUCAGCAAUUACAACAGAAAGGAGCGGAUGCCGUUUGUAGUAUAUGCAGACCUUGAAUGUGUAUUGCAGAAGACGGAGGAGGACGACCCGAAACUGUACCAGCGUCAUCAGGUAUCCAGUAUAGCGUAUUACGUGCGAUGCUCCUACGACUAAGCGUUAUCCGGGUACCAAUCCCGUCGCGAUAAGGAGUGCGUGUCAUGGUUCGUUGAACAACUAAAAGAGUUAGCGUAUCGCGUGAAAGCGAUUUUGUCGAGAAAUGUCCCCAUGAUAGAAUUAACGCGAGAUGAGCGCGAAAAAUUUAACAACGCAACGCAGUGUCAUAUCUGCGAGAAACCGUUCACGUCAGAUGACACGCGGGUUCGCGAUCAUUGCCAUCUCACCGAUCAGUACAGAGGUCCCGCGCAUUCUAAUUGUAACUUAAAUUACAAAGAUUCGCAUGCCAUUCCAAUAGUGUUCCAUAAUUUAUCCGGCUACGACGCGCAUUUUAUCAUUACGGAAAUAGCCACCGCGUUCGCGGGCAAUGUCGAUGUAUUGCCCAUAACUAAAGAAAAAUAUAUUUCCUUUACAAAAAAUGUUGGGGAAAUAGGUGAAAAAAUAGCAAACUGGAAAGAUAGAAAUAUAAAAUUACGAUUUAUUGAUUCCUUUAAAUUUUUGAGCAGUAGCCUGGAUAAAUUGUCAUCAUUUCUCAGUAAAGAUAAACUUAAAACAUUACGAUCCGAAUUUGCGCACCUCUCUACCGACGACUUUGA